UUCCCUCGGAGCAGCGACAGAGUGAUCCCCGACCCCUAGGGUGCUGCCCCGCGGUCUUGGACGAAGGGGUGGGUCCGUGAUGAGGGAGGUGCCCGCCGGCUGAGAUGCGCAUAUUGGCUGGGGAGGGCGCGUCAGCGAUGAGCUGAGCAGGGACCCUGUCCUUGCCUGGGUCAGCUGUUACCUGGGUAACCCCUCCUAACCCACCUACCCUGGGCGCAGGGGUCAGUACCAACUUCUUUUGGAAAACAGAGGAGACCCACAAGCACUGCCUGCUUCCCCAAGAGGGCUGGUGAGAUGCUCAGUCCCUCCUUUCCACAGCCUGGCAAGGGGCAGUCCCUGGGCCUUUUCCAAAGGGACCCCUGAGAGAGGGAAGCCCAGUCAUCAUCCUGCCCCGUGGUAUGGGAUCCCCUGUGGGAUCAGUUAUAUCCCUCUGCCUCUGGGACAGGAACCAUGGGGAAGCUCCCUCCUGCUGCCUCUACUCCCUUCCCCUCCCCCAAACCAGGUGCUCUGCAGUGCGUGGGGGUAGGGAGGCCCAUCACUUCCACCUGCCUGUAGCAAAAAGAGUAACCCCAGUCUCCCCCCUCAGGUAGGAAGUUUUGAUGCUUGGCUGUGAGGAUGCCAGCUCUUCUGCCAUUGUUGUCAGAGCCUGCCACAAACACAGUGUGUGGGUGUCAGGACCUCCAGGCCACACACCAUCCUCUCCUCUCAGUCUGGAAGCCUCACAGCCUUUGCCCUCUGCAUGGGGAGGCACAGGCUGUUUACAGCAGGAGGCGAUCCGUGACCAGCCUGUGGGGCAGGAUGUUGGCUGUGGGCAGCCUCCAGAAGGGAACUCCCUGGGCCCCGUGGAAUCAGAAGCUUUCAGGUCUGGAAAAGCCAACCUUUCGGGCUCUUGUCUCUCAAGCUGUGUCCAGGCGGAGGCCCAAGUCUUGGCCAGGAAGUCCGGGUGACCCUGUGACUUUCCCCAAAGGGGGGUUCUUGGGAGAGGCCAAGUGGUGCCUGUCCUUUUCCCUGCCCCCUUCCUUCUCCCCACAUGGGGGAUGGAGAGACUGAUUGUUCUAGGGAUGGAAGCUUGGGGAAGCUCUGAUUGUCCCCAGUGCCAAGUCCAGCAGGGGCCAGAGGGGCUUUUUCUGCCACACACUCAGUUCAGUUCAGCUGAGGUCUUGGUGCUUUCAGCUUAGCUGAGGCCACCCUGUUCUUCUCUAAUAAAAGACACCCCACCACCACCAAGGGCCCCUGCCCUCAAGCCAGCCAAGUCCUUAGGCUGACUGGUUCAUGUCAGGCCAGACUUCUCUGUGCAGGUCUCCUUGUCAAAGGAUGUCAGUGUCCCAGCUGCUUUGGGAAGCAGUGGGGAGGCUUCCCCAAUGCAGGAGCCCCUGGGAGUUAAAUUUGCAUGUGAAAAGAAUGACAGGCCAACACUAAUGACCAUCCUAUGACUUGCCUUUUCUCCUCAGGUUCAAAGCAGCUUAAGGUAUCUGACAUUGGGGAGUGCUUUCUCUCCCUGGCCUCCCUGGGAAGCAAGGAAGGGCCAUUCACAAUUGGCACUAAGGCCCUGAAAUUAGACACUACCCAGACUCACAAAGGUGUUUCUGGCCCAAUCAGAAACAUUGGCCUCUGACUCCUAGUCAAGUGCUCCAUCUGAGCACUCCCAGCCAGGCCCCUUAAUUUGUUUCCCACCUAAAUGAAGCUUCUGGGAUGCCAGCCUUCCAUUGGCUUGAACCCAUCGCCCUCAGACACCAAGUGUUAGCAGCUCCUCCUUGACUCUAUGGAAGCCAUGGGGUGACAGAAUUGAUACAGGUCCCCCUGAGCAGAGGUCAGGUAUCCUAGGGUAGGAGGAGGCCCUGGAGCAAAGCCCCCUGGUUGGCCGGGUUCCCUGCAGGGAAAUCUAGGAGCAGAUUUCUGAAGACCUAUGGGCUUCCUGCUGGGAGAAGACAAAGGGACACUGGGGAAGAAAGGUGGGACCAUUCCCAUGAGAACCUGUACCCAGAGGAUUAUAGGACAUCUCAUCCUACUUCAUUCAGCACUGCUUAAAGUUAAGGUGAAAGAGAGAGAUUGGGGGAUUGGAAUCCUUUGGGAAUGGGUCUCCUGGGUGGCUGCCCCCAUGUACUGAUGGGCCAGGUCACCUUCAGAACAGCUGAUAGUCCUCAAGCAGGCCACAGUGUCCUUGGGGGUUAACAGAAGAGGUCAAGUGGAUCGAGAACCUGUGCUGCAGACAGACGUGGGAAGUUGGUGCUGUGCCCACCAGGGUAGGCUGCAGGCGUAAUGGGACAGCCAAUCAGAGAAGGAGGGGGCUGCAGAGGAACCAGAGUGAUCCUGCUGCAGCUGAGCUGUCCUUGGAGGGUGGGAGCCAAGGGAUGGGGAGGAGGAGGGGUGGGGAAGGACAUUCCACAGGCUUUUUUGGCCCCUGCCAGAGACAGAGGGGGGUCAAAUAGAAAAGGAAAGGAACAAGCCAGGAAGCCUGAUAGACUACAGGAGCAUCGGGACAAGGCUGUUUCUGUGUGUGAGGAACUUUGCCUGGAAGAUAAAAUUAGACCUAGAGCUUGCCGACAGGGAGUCUGAAGUGUGGGGCAUGGACCGUUCACUGGAAUGGCAAGAGAAUUCUGUGCCUGAGGACAGGGCUGAAGCUGGGAUCAAGCAUUUCCUGGAGGACACCACGGAUGAUGGAGAACUGAGCAAGUUCGUGAAGGAUUUCCCAGGAAGCGAGAGCUGCCACACACGGGAGGCUAAGCCCUGGGUGUCCAAGCCCCAAAUCCCGGCGCCAAGGCCCCAGACCCCGGACCUCUGUGAUGAUGAACUGGAGUUCAGACCCCCCUCGUGGCCCCCGUCCUCUGACAGCCAGCAGUACUUCUGUGCCCCAGCCCCUCUCAGCCCCUCGGCUCGGCCCCGCAGCCCAUGGGGCAAGCUCGAUCCCUAUGAUUCCUCUGAGGAUGACAAGGAGUAUGUGGGCUUUGCGACCCUACCCAACCAAGUCCACCGAAAGUCGGUGAAGAAAGGCUUUGACUUUACCCUCAUGGUGGCAGGAGAGUCUGGCCUGGGCAAAUCCACUCUUGUCAAUAGCCUCUUCCUCACCGACCUGUACCGGGACCGGAAACUCCUGAGUGCUGAAGAGCGGAUCAUGCAGACCGUGGAGAUCACUAAGCAUGCAGUGGACAUAGAAGAGAAGGGUGUGAGGCUGCGGCUCACCAUUGUGGAUACACCAGGUUUUGGGGAUGCAGUCAACAACACAGACUGCUGGAAGCCUGUGGCAGAAUACAUUGACCAGCAGUUUGAGCAGUAUUUCCGAGAUGAGAGUGGCCUGAACCGAAAGAACAUCCAAGACAACAGAGUGCACUGCUGCCUGUACUUCAUCUCACCCUUCGGCCACGGGCUCCGGCCAUUGGAUGUUGAAUUCAUGAAGGCCCUGCAUCAGCGGGUCAACAUCGUGCCUAUCCUGGCUAAGGCGGACACACUAACACCUCUUGAAGUGGACCACAAGAAACGCAAAAUCCGGGAAGAGAUUGAGCACUUUGGAAUCAAGAUCUAUCAGUUCCCAGACUGUGACUCUGAUGAGGAUGAGGACUUCAAAUUACAGGACCAAGCCCUAAAGGAAAGCAUUCCAUUUGCGGUAAUUGGCAGCAACACUGUUGUAGAAGCCAGAGGGCGGCGAGUUCGGGGUCGACUCUACCCCUGGGGCAUUGUGGAAGUGGAAAACCCCGGGCACUGCGACUUUGUGAAGCUGAGGACAAUGCUGGUGCGUACCCACAUGCAGGACCUGAAGGAUGUGACACGGGAGACACAUUAUGAGAACUACCGGGCACAGUGCAUCCAGAGCAUGACUCGCCUGGUGGUGAAGGAAAGGAAUCGCAACAAACUGACUCGAGAGAGUGGUACCGAUUUCCCAAUCCCUGCUGCCCCACCAGGGACAGAUCCAGAAACUGAGAAGCUUAUCCGAGAGAAAGAUGAAGAGCUGCGGCGGAUGCAGGAGAUGCUACACAAAAUCCAAAGACAGAUGAAGGAGACCCAUUAACUGGCUUUUAGCAUUGGAUAUUUAAAUCUCCUCCUCUUCCUGUCCAUGCCAGCCCCUCCCAGCACCAGCUCUGCUCAGGCCCCUGCAGCUACUGCCACUUCGCCUUACAUCCUUGCUGACUCCCCAGAGACUCAGAGGAAAUAAAGUUUAAUAAAUCUAUAGGUGGCU